CUGUAAACAAUAUUCAUGGAUAACUCCGGGAAAGAAAAGAGGGCCAUGGCCCUCAUGGCUGAAGCCGAGAAGAAAGUGAAAUCCUCGCAGUCGUUCUUUGGCUCUCUGUUUGGGGGCUCUUCAAAGAUGGAGGAUGCGUGUGACUUGUAUGGAAGGGGCAACAUGUUCAAGAUGGCCAAGAACUGGAGUGCUUCAGGAAACGCGUUCUCCCAGGCGGCGCUCCUGCACCUGCAGAUGCAGAGUAAACAUGACGCAGCCACGAACUUCAUCGAUGCUGGCAAUGCCUUUAAAAAAUCAGACCCUCAAGAGGCCAUGAACUGCUUGAACAGGGCCAUCGAGAUCUAUACAGACAUGGGUCGAUUUACAAUCGCAGCAAAACACCACGUCACCAUUGCUGAAAUUUAUGAGACCGAACUGGUGGACAUUGACAAGUACUUUAUAACCUUUUCCUUAGGCCUAGCUCACUUUGAACAGGCAGCAGACUAUUAUAAAGGGCGAGGAGUCCACAGCUCUGCCAACAAAUGCCUGCUCAAAGUUGCCACCUACGCAGCUCAACUGGAGCAGUACCCUAAAGCCAUUGAGAUCUAUGAACAGGUCGCAACACAUGCAAUGGACAGUACUCUGUUGAAAUACAGUGCAAAGGACUAUUUCUUUAAGGCAGCUCUCUGUCACUUCUGUGUGGACAUGCUGAAUGCUAAGCUUGCCGUCCAGAAGUAUAGGAAAUGUUUUCCAGCCUUUUCAGAUUCACGUGAAUGCAAAUUUGGUCAAGUAAAAGAGUAUGACACCAUCUCACGACUGGAUCAGUGGCUCACCACCAUGCUGCUUUCGUAUCAAGAAAUCCUUACAAGAUGA